GCCAUGGAUGUGAACAGGGGCGGACUGACCAUUUGGAAACUAGGGCACUGCCCGAGGGCCCGGGGUCAGUAGGGGGCCCCAUGAGAUGCCCCUGGUACCAUUUUCAUAGGCUUUUUUUGAGUUUGGGCAAGGACACAGGGGCCCCAUGAACCCCUAUUGCCCGGGGGCCCCAUGAGUUGUCAGUCCGCCCCUGGAGCCGCCUCAUCAGUGCCCAUCUCUGUAACCUCAUCAGUGCCCAUCAGUGCAGCCUUAUCAGUGCCCAUCACUGCGACCUCAUUAGUGCCC